UACAAUAUUCUUGAAAGAGUAGUUGCCUUCGAUCUUCUUCAUCUUUUUCUCAAGAAAAAUGGCAUUCCAAAAUUACCAGGCCAUGAACGCCAACAGUAGCUUGGUGCUAAUCCUAUUUUUUGCGGUUCAGUACACCGCUUCAACAAAUAUUUUUCAUUUUGUUAUUGAAGAAACUUCUUUGGAAAGGCUUUGCCAAUCGAAGAAGAUUCUUACUGUCAACGGACGAUUCCCAGGGCCUACCAUAUAUGCGCUUGCUGGAGAAACGUUGUCCCUAGACGUUGAAAAUAGAGGGAAGGACAACGUUACGAUGUUUUGUUGUAGGGGCGUGGGUAGACCCGUGAAGUCUGAUCAAGUGGAAUGGCUAGUUGAGGCAGGGUCUACCGUAAAAAAAAAAAUAACAAUAUCUGACGACGACGAAGGGAUGCUAUGGUGGCAUGCCAUGAACUUAUGGCAACGCGCCACUGUUCAUGGCGCUUUCAUUGUCCAUCCAGAACCUGAUGAUCAUGUCGAUAUUCCCAUCAUUUUAGGUGAAUGGUGGAAGAAGGAUGUCAAGGAGGUCUUCCUUGACUACAUCGACUCAGGCAGUGACAUAAAAUCGAACGCUUACACGAUCAAUGGACAGCCUGGUGACUUCUACCCUUGUUCAAAAAAUGGAACUUUUAGGAUUGCAGUAGACACUGGGAAGAAAUAUCUUCUCAGAAUUGUGAACACUGCAAUCCGAGACGACCUUUACUUUGGAAUCGCAAGGCACAGCUUAACUGUUAUCGCGAUGGAUGGACGUCCUAUAACAAAGCAAUUUACAACGGACUACGUCGAAUUGACUAGUCAACACUCAAUUGAUUGCAUAUUCGAGGCGAACCAGCAGCCAGAUUAUUAUUAUGUGGUUGCUGUAAAGAAUAAAAGCGAGGCGAAUGACACGAAUAAAAUUACAACCGCUAUCAUAGAAUACCAAGGGAGUUACGUACCCUCCCUUGUACCUCUUCUUCCCAAAUUGCCCCGCAACUACGAUAAAAGUUCUAGUAGGGAUUAUUUAUAUGUAAUAAUGACUUUUGUAAUUUUGGGUUUAUUUUUUUGUACGACAUUUGUUGUUUGGUAUAGGCAGACUAAUAGGGCUCAUAGAAGCGCAACAGUCACUCCCAUGUAAAUUGUACCACUUAUAAUAAACUUUUUUGAUAUUUGAAAAAUUACAAAUUGUUGAUUUAAUAGCGACGGAGGAAGUUGUUAAUCUACAGGAACAGAACAACACAGAAUGGGCAUGAUACAACGACAAAGACAAACAAACGCAAAAAAGACGCCAACCUUCAAACAUAAUGACCAUAUUCCCUCUGGCUCAGAUAACAUUGAAGAGACGGAACAAAAUCUCCAUAUCUGACAGGGGAUAACAAGAGCUGAGACGGGAUGAUAACAACAAGUGAAUUACAUUGUGGGAGUGAAACAGAAUCACAAAUUAAGAGCAAGAAGAAUGAACAGGAACACACUCAACCACAGGGAAAGGGAGGUAAUUGGAACUGGAGUGCUCUAGUCAUAAUCAUCAUGGAACUGGCUGGAUUCACUUUUGAUAAUCAACAUGCUUAAGGAAAAAAAGGCUAGUGGCUCAGAUUGACCAGAAUCAUAGAAGUUACUUCUUCAAUUCUAGAUCUUGCUAGUAUCAAGUUUGAGCAUCAACUUGCAGACUCGCUAGCAAAGAUGGUGAUGAACUCUCAAACUAGCAACAUUAUCUUUCGUCUCAACAACUUCCCAAGGCCACAAAAGGACUUCUCAUUCUGGAUAAGAGACAACUCCCGAGUACAAGGUCUAAAGUUGUUAGUUAGGCUUCUCUUCUUGCUGUAGUAUUGAUGGGUAAUAAGCUGAUUUUUGUGUUGUUUGCCCUUUUUUUUUGAUGGAU